UCCCUUAUUCCAUUUCCCACGGCUUUCACCAUUAUUUUCCUUUCUCUCUCACUCGAAACAAAACAAAACAACACAACCGGAAAACCAAACCACCUCUCCCUGCUCCCGCCGCUGUUUUCCGCCGCUGUCGCCGUCGUUCCCGCCUCACCGUGGCGGCGCGCGCGUCUCCGAUGGGAAAGUACAUGAAGAAAGCGAAGCCGAAAGGAGAACUCGCGCUCGUCGAAUCCACCACCAGCAACACCACCACCUCCUACAUGGGGGUCCGAACCCGCGCCAAAACCCUAGCGCUUCAGAAAUCGCACGCGCAGCAGCACGAGCUCGCCGCCACCUCCGACUCCUACCUCCAGCUCCGGAGCCGUCGCCUCCAGAAGCCUCCGAUUUUGGUCCACUCUCCGAAGCGCCCUAAGCACCCGAACCCUAAAUCCCCAAUCCCCGAACCUCCCAGGCUCGGACUCGCUUCGGAGCGCGACGCUACCCUCAACCACAACAAGGACAAUACUUUGCAUGAGAAUGCCGAGCCUCAGGAAGCGUCGUUCGGGGAAAAUGUUUUGGAUUUUGAAGGUAGAGAGAGAAGCACUAGGGAAUCCACACCUUGCAGUUUGAUAAGGGACUCGGAUACUGUCAGGACUCCGGGUUCAACUACCAGGCCUACUUGUUCAGCUGAAGCUUAUCGAAGAACAGAGCAUGCAGCUAGAAGGCAAAUCCCAACCUCCCGUGAAAUGGAUGAAUUCUUUGCUGAAAUUGAAGAGGCUCAGCAAAAAAAAUUCAUUGAGAAGUACAACUUUGAUCCUGUGAAUGAGAAGCCGCUCUCAGGGCGCUAUGAAUGGGAAAAGUUGAAACCCUAGAAGGGUAAUGUAGUGUUCCAUCAAGACAUCUUUGAAGUAGCAGGCAGGCAGCAGGGUUAGAAUUUGUUGAAGCGGUGGUGGCGUUAUUUCACUUUUCCAUCACCUUCUAUUUACUUGUAAAGAAAGUAGGACUCUUAAAACUGUGUAGACUAAUGGUCUGUAACUUUACAGAGGUUGUUGAUUACACAACAAUACAAAUCAAAGGCCUUUGUCUAACAGAUCAUUUUAAGGAAGGGGGCAAGGGAAGAAGGGGCUGUAGCGCGUAGGAUUAGGGAUCAGUCAAAUUAGGUCAGUAUGAGGUACAGGAAUUUACCUAGGUUUUCUCUUGUUCUUGUAUUUUACUCAUCUUUUGUCUAUACUUGUACUGAUGGAACUUGAACAAACUUUUAGAAAUAAAGACCCGAUUCCCCCACCUAAAUUUCUGUCA